UCAUGCCUCCCUCCGGAAUUUCCAUCCGGGACAUACAUGAUCAAGAAUGUCAACUUUGACACCAUGUACAUGUCUGCUUAUCUAGACAGUCCUGCCAUUGGAAACCCUGUGCUUGCAUUUGGCUUUAUUGAGCCAGAAGACCCGGCGCAGUUUUGGACCGUUAGUGAGCAGGACAAUGCGUACACUAUCACCUGUGCCGGGACCGGCACCAGUCUUGAUGCUAAGGGCGGGGACGACUGGAUUGGUCAGAGCAUUGUUACGGACAACAUUCUACGGACCUUCAACUUAUAUGGCACCAAUGGCCAAUACCAGAUUCUACUCACUGACAGCAACCUGGCACUCACGCUCGCCACCAGUAUCUCAUCGGACCCGCAGCAACUCUGGUCCUUCGAGCAACAGUAG